AGCGUUAACUGGAAUAUUCUCCUACCAAUAUUCUCCUACCGUCUCGCUUCCAGUAACAAAAGCAUUGCAUUCAGCUCUGAUGGUGUGCGACCUCGGGUGAUUCUCUGCCCUGAGUCAUCCACCUGGGAUGGUGGAUACACAGCCCUUCAGCCAGCCCCAGGGUGCAAAAUACCACAGUGUUUGUCUCUGGGCAGACACACACCGCUGGUGGGAUCCAUCCCGCCUUCACCGAAGUCCUGAGAGCUGCGAAGGCAUUUCUGACCAGUGGAGAAGGGGCUCCUCUUGACGCAGCAGGGCAGGAGAGGUCCUGGGGGACAGCUGCAGAUGGUGAAGGUCCUGUGCAGCGAUGCUAGGCUGGUGAGGAGGUUGCUUUAGGCAGACACUGCCACUGACUCAGUUCCGCAUUUCAGGUGAGUCCAAAGGGUGGAAGAUGCUGGAUAAGGCCACCCUGCUCCUGUUCCUGCAUUUAGUUGCAUGCUCCAUCUCCUCUCCUCUCUACCCAGCUCUCAGGUACAGCCCAGGGCCUGUUACUGGCAAGGCCAUGAACUUCCAGCUGCAGGACCGUGGCCCACUGCAGAGCCAUAACCCCUCAACAGAGGAACAGGACGAGGAGGGUUUGUUACCAGACCCUACUGAGAAAAGGAUGCAGCGCCACGCAGAUGCCAUAUUCACUGACAAUUACCGGAAAUUCCUGGGGCAGAUUUCUGCCCGCAAAUUCUUACAGACCAUCAUUGGGAAGCGGCUCAGAAACAGUGAGAGCAGCCCAGAAGAAGGGGUGCACGAGCUUCUGACGAGGCGCCAGUCCGACAGCAUCCUGAUGGACAGCCGCUACCACCAGCGGAUGGUACUGAGGGACUUCCUGGGAGCCAUUCUGCAGAAUCAAAGGCCUCGGGACGUAAACAGCAGCCAGUUAGAAGGGUUUCCCAACACCCUGGCUAAGCUCAUGUAAAUAUUUCUCCCUUUUUCAUCUCCCUGUGCUCUGAAUAACUCGGAGCUCAUGGAUCUAACUGUACAGUAAGCCAUUCACAGCCAUGAAGACAUUCCUGGAGGUGACCAGCUGGAACUGAAGCAUACAGUCCUCAAAUCCGUUUAAAGGAAUGCAAUUCCGAUGCACUACUUAAUUUACUUCAGUCUUUACAAUUUAAUUCCCCUCUCUAAACAUUGGUUUGUGUACUGAACCAGGAAAAAAAUACCUCUGUGGUUUAACCUCAGGCUGCUUUAUAUAUAAAGGCUAAAACAACGAGUACACUUGUAAUCCUGGAGACAUAUUGUCUACUAAUUAAGGCUUUCAAAUCAUGAAGUGCAGCAAAAUUUCUGCCAAGUCAUCAUUCUGUUUGAGGGCCUGAUUAAUAAAUAUGAGGCCACCAAAAGGCACCUUUUGGCAGUUUAGUGAACUGAUUACAGCCUCCUCCAAAAAGAUGCUGAUGGCACAACCACACACAGUUAGAGCAGGGUGAGGUAACGCAUAAAUCCACCAGUCUACCCUCCAAACACCGCUGGGGGCUGUCACUGCCCAGCCCCUGGACAGAGCCCUGGCAGCAAACCUGGGCUCUAAAAAGCUUGGUGACAAGCAGUUACUGUUCAGCCCUGAGGUGUUUACACUGAGCCUACAGCUUUGCUCCGCAAGAGCAAAAGGAGAGCCCUGUGCAUUAGAUUGGGCUGACACUGCUUUAAUUCAGUGUGCCAUCCAGGGGCUCUGAACGCCACCAUGGCUAGGGUUACAGCUGUCAACGUUCCCACUACCACUUACAAGAAGUUAUUAACCCAGUGAU